AUGUUUUCUUCCUCCAACCAAUCAACUUGUUUCGAUUUCUCAGUUAAUCUCGUCUUAACUCUCGCUCUUUCUCGUUUCUCCUCAAUUCUUUCACGCGUCUUCCUCCUCUCUUUCUCUCGGUUUCCAUGUCAUUCUCAAGGUAGCAAGUUAUCAGUUUCUCAUAAUAUCUAUCUAACUACGCAUCUAUUUGUCUGUCUCAAAUCUAUCUGUCAAUAUAUCUAUCUAUCUAUCUAUCUCGGUGCGUGUCUGUCUGUAUGUCUCUCCUUUCUGUCUAUUUAUCUAUCUAUUUCUCUCUAUCAACCCAUCUACUUAUCUAUCUAUCUAUCUAUCUAUCUAUCUAUCUAUCUAUCUAUCUACCUACCUACCUACCUACCUGAGACUGUUCUUAUCUUUCUAUGUCUCUGCCUAUCUAAGACUGUUCAUAUUUAUGUAUCUGUCUAUCUAUCUAGGACUGUUUCUUCUAUCUCCCUAAGACUGAUUUCUUCCUAUCUAAGAAUGUUCAUAUCUAUCUAUCUAUCUAUCUAUCUAUCUAUCUAUCUAUCUAUCUAUAUAUAUAUAUAUAUAUAUAAGACUGUUCAUAUCUAUCUAUAUAAGACUCUUCAUAUCUAUCUGUCUGUCUAUCUAUCUAUCUAUAUAAGACUCUUCAUAUCUAUCUAUCUAUAUAAUACUCUUCAUAUCUAUCUGUCUGUCUAUCUAUCUAUCUAUAUAAGACUCUUCAUAUCUAUCUAUCUAUAUAAGUAUCUAUCUGUCUGUCUGUCUAUCUAUCUAUAUAAGACUGUUCAUAUCUAUCUAUCUAUCUAUCUAUCUUAG